CCCGGGGCGGGGCCGGGGAGCUCCGGGGCUCCUCCCGCGGGCGGCGGCACCGGCAGCGCGGGGAUGGCGAGCAGCGGCUGCCGGGGGCUACCGGGGCCGGCCCUGGGGCUACCGACAAUGUCCUUGGGGCUACCGAAGCUGUGGCUACCGUGGCUGGUCCUGUGGCUACCGUGGAUAUCCCUGGGGCUACCGAAGCUGUCCCUGAGGCUACCGAGGCUGUGGCUACCGUGGAUGUCCCUGCGGCUACCGUGGAUGUCCUUGGGGCUACCGUGGAAAUCCCUGGGUCUACCGAAGCUGUGGCUACCGUGGAUGCCCCUGUGGCUACCGAAGCUGUCCCUGAGGCUACGGUGGAUGUCCUUGGGGCUACCUCGGCUCUCCCUGUGGCUACCUCGGCUCUCCCUGUGGCUACCGAAGCCGUGGCUACCGCGGAUAUCCCUGGGACUACCGUGGUUAUCCUUGGGGCUACCGAAGCUGCGGCUACCUCCGCUCUCCCUGUGGCUACCUCGUCUCUCCCCGUGGCUACCUCGUCUCUCCCCGAGCCUCCCGAAGCUGUGGCUACCAUGGCUGGCCCUGUGGCUACCGGUGGCCACCGCCUUUAACCUGGACGGGAGCGGCGCGGUGCUCAAGGACGGGGAACGCGGGAGCCUCUUCGGGGCGGCGGUGGCGCUUCACCGGCAGCUGAGCCCCGAGCCCGCGGGCUGGCUGCUCGUGGGAGCCCCCCAAGCCCCAGCCCUGCCCGGCCAAGGCGCCAACCGCACCGGGGGUCUCUUCGCCUGCCCCCUGACCCCCGAGCCCUCCGACUGCUGGCGGGUGCCCAUCGAUGAGGGAGCGGACCCGGAGCGGGAGAGCAAAGAGAACCAGUGGCUGGGGGUGAGCGUGAAGAGCCAAGGGCCCGGCGGCAAGAUCGUGACCUGCGCCCACCGGUACGAGGUGCGGCACCGGGUGCGGCAGCCGCUGGAGACGCGGGAUGUGAUCGGGCGCUGCUUCGUGCUGAGCCAGGACCUGCGGCUGCGGGACGAGCUGGACGGGGGCGAGUGGAAAUUCUGCGAGGGGCGACCCCAGGGCCACGAGAGGUUCGGGAGCUGCCAGCAGGGGCUGGCGGCCGCUUUCAGCCCCGACCGCCGCUACGUCCUGCUGGGAGCCCCCGGAACCUACAACUGGAAGGGGACCCUGCGCGUGGAGCAGCUCAACCAGAGCUCCCUGGACCUGCUGCGCCUCGACGCCGGCCCCUUCGAGGCGGGGGGCGAGAAGGACCAGGACCCCUCCCUCAUCCCCGUGCCCUCCAACAGCUACUUCGGGCUGCUCUUUGUGACAAACAUUGAGAGCGCGACCCCCGACCAGAGGGUCUUCAGGACCCCCCAGCCCGGAGAGAGGGUCCCCGGCGCGGCCGCGGAUGUGGCGCACAAUUCUUACCUGGGGUUCUCGGUGGACUCCGGGGCUGGCCUGACGAGGCCACAGCAGCUGAGUUUUGUCACCGGCGCCCCCCGCGCCAACCACACGGGCGCCGUUGUCAUCCUCCGCCGCGACAGCGCCAAUCGCCUGCUGGCCGAGGCCGUGCUGGCCGGAGAGCAGCUGAGCUCGGCCUUCGCCACGCGGUCACCGCGCUGGACCUCAACAGUGACGGCUGGAUGGACCUGGCCGUGGGGGCCCCCCACUUUUCGAGCGGCAGGAGGAGAUCGGGGGGGCCGUGUACGUUUACAUCAACCCGGGGGGGCAGUGGGACAGCGCGACCCCCCUGCGCCUCAACGGGACCCCCCGGAUCCAUGUUCGGGGCAGCGCUGAGCAGCGCCGGGGACCUGGACCACGAUGGGU